ACCAAGGGGCCCGCACAGGAAGGAGCCAGUGGGGCUUUCCUGCCUGGCCUCCCGGCCUCGCUGGGCCUUCCUUAGUCCAGGGUUCCCACCGCCAGCUCUGCCCUCCCCGCCCAGAAGCCCUGAGCCCUCUGGAGAGGACUAAGCGCCCCAGGCAGGCUGCACCCAUGGCACCUCCAAGUGAGGAGAUGCCCCUGAUCUCCCAGCGCUCCUGCAGCCUCUCCUCCUCGGAGGCUGGUGCGCUCCACGUGCUGCUGCCUCCUCGGGGUCCCGGGCCUCCUCAGAGGCUGUCUUUCUCCUUUGGGGACCACUCGGCUGAGGAACUGUGUGUGCGGGCUGCCAAGGCCAGUGGCAUCCUGCCCGUGUACCACUCACUCUUUGCCUUGGCCACGGAGGACUUGUCUUGCUGGUUCCCUCCGAGCCACGUCUUCUCUGUGGAAGAUGUGGGCACCCAAGUCCUAGUCUACAGACUGCGCUUUUACUUUCCCAACUGGUUUGGGCUGGAGAAGUGCCACCGCUUUGGGCUACGCAAGGACUUGGCCAGUGCCAUCCUGGACCUGCCCGUCCUGGAACACCUCUUUGCCCAGCACCGCAGUGACCUGCUGAGUGGGCGCCUGCACGUGGGUCUCAGCCUCCAGGAGCAGGGCGAGUGUCUCAGCCUGGCCGUGCUGGACGUGGCCCGGAUGGCCUGUGAGCAGGGCCAGCGGCCUGCCCAGCUCCUGAAGACCGUCAGCUACAAGGCCUGCCUGCCGCCUGGCCUGCGCGACCUGAUCCAGGGUCUGAGCUUCGUGACUCGGAGACGUAUUCGGACCACGGUGCGCUGCGCCUUGCGCCGUGUGGCGGCCUGCCAGGCAGACCGGCACUCGCUCAUGGCCAAGUACAUCAUGGACCUGGAGCGGCUGGACCCUGCUGGGACCACCGAGACCUUCCGCGUCGGUCUGUCCGGGGCCGCGGGUGGCCAGGAUGGGCAGGGGUUGCUCCGUGUGGCUGGUGGCAGCGGCAUCUCCUGGAGUCCGGCAGCACAGGAGGUCUUCCAGCCCUUCUGUGACUUUCCAGAAAUCGUGGACAUCAGCAUCAAGCAAGCCCCACGUGUUGGCCCGGCCGGGGAGCACCGCCUGGUCACUAUCACCAGGACAGACAACCAGAUCCUGGAGGCCGAGUUCCCGGGGCUGCCCGAGGCGCUGUCCUUCUUGGCUCUGGUGGACGGUUACUUCCGCCUGAUUUGCGACUCCCGCCACUUCUUCUGCAAGGAGGUGGCACCGCCACGGCUGCUGGAGGAAGUGGCCGAGCAGUGCUAUGGCCCCAUCACCCUGGACUUUGCCAUCAACAAGCUCAAGGCGGGGGGCUCACUUCCCGGCUCCUACGUGCUGCGGCGCAGCCCCCAGGACUUCGACAGCUUCCUCCUCACUGUGUGUGUCCAGACACCCCUCGGCCCUGACUACAAGGGCUGCCUCAUCCGCCGAGACCCUGUAGGAACCGUGUCGCUGGUCGGCCUUGGCCGUCCUCACAGCAGCCUUCGGCAGCUGCUGGCAGCCUGCUGGGACGGCGGGCUUCACGUCGAUGGAGUUGCCCUGCAGCUUAGCUCCUGCUGCACCCCCAGACCCAAAGAAAAGACCAACUUGACUGUGGUCCGGAGGGGCUGCGGCCCACCCUCCACCUCCCCUGCUCAGCCCCAGUCCCAACAUAAGCUGAAUCAGAUGACGUUCCACAAGAUCCCUGCCGACAGCCUGGAGUGGCACGAGAACCUGGGCCACGGGUCCUUCACCAAGAUUUACCGGGGAUGUCGCCACGAAGCUGUGGACGGGGAGGCCCGGGCGACGGAGGUGCUCCUGAAGGUCAUGGACGCCAAGCACAGGAACUGCAUGGAGUCCUUCCUGGAAGCUGCGAGCUUGAUGAGUCAGGUGUCCUACCCGCAUCUGGUGCUGCUCCACGGCGUGUGCAUGGCUGGAGACAGCAUCAUGGUGCAGGAAUUCGUCCUCCUGGGAGCCAUAGACACCUACCUGCGCAAACAUGGCCACCUGGUGCCAGCCAGCUGGAAGCUGCAGGUGGUCAAACAGCUGGCCUACGCCCUCAACUACCUGGAGGACAAAGGCCUCCCUCACGGCAACGUCUCAGCCCGGAAGGUGCUCCUGGCUCGGGAGGGGGCUGACGGGAGCUCGCCAUUCAUCAAGCUGAGUGACCCUGGUGUCAGCCCCACUGUGCUAAGCCUGGAAAUGCUCACUGACAGGAUCCCCUGGGUGGCCCCCGAGUGUCUCCAGGAGACCCAGACGCUUGGCUUGGAAGCCGACAAGUGGGGGUUUGGUGCAACAGUCUGGGAGGUGUUCAGCGGGAUCCCGAUGCCCCUCAACCACCUGGACCCCCCCAAGAAACUCAAGUUUUAUGAGGACCGGCAGCAGCUGCCGGCCCCCAAGUGGACAGAGCUGGCCCUGCUGAUCCAGCAGUGCAUGGCCUACGAGCCAGGCCAGAGGCCCUCCUUCCGAGCUGUCAUCCGGGACCUCAACAGCCUCAUCACUUCAGACUAUGAGCUCCUCUCAGACCCAACCCCUGGCACCCUGACGCCCCGCGAUGGGCUGUGGAGUGGUGCCCAGCUCUAUGCCUGCCAGGACCCCACGAUCUUUGAGGAAAGACACCUCAAGUACAUCUCACAGUUGGGAAAGGGCAACUUUGGCAAUGUGGAAUUGUGCCGCUAUGACCCGCUGGGUGACAACACGGGCGCCCUGGUGGCUGUGAAGCAGCUGCAGCACAGUGGGCCAGAUCAGCAGAGGGACUUCCAGCGGGAGAUCCAGAUCCUCAAAGCCAUGCACAGUGACUUUAUUGUGAAGUACCGUGGUGUCAGCUAUGGCCCCGGUCGCCAGAGCUUGCGGCUGGUCAUGGAGUACCUGCCCAGCGGAUGCCUGCGUGACUUUCUGCAGAGGCACCGCGCACGCCUGGACUCGAGCCGCCUCCUCCUCUACGCCUCGCAGAUCUGCAAGGGCAUGGAGUACCUGGGCUCCCGCCGCUGCGUGCAUCGCGACCUGGCGGCCCGGAACAUCCUGGUGGAGAACGAGGCUCACGUCAAGAUCGCCGACUUCGGCUUGGCCAAGCUGCUGCCGCUCGACAAGGACUACUACGUGGUUCGCGAGCCCGGCCAGAGCCCCAUCUUCUGGUACGCCCCCAAGUCCCUCUCCGACAACGUCUUCUCGCGCCAGUCCGACGUCUGGAGCUUCGGGGUCGUCCUCUACGAGCUCUUCACCUACAGCGACAAGAGCUGCAGCCCCUCCGCCGAGUUCUUGCGAAUGAUGGGGUGCGAGCGAGAUGCCCCGGCCCUCUGCCGCCUCUUGGAGCUCCUGGCCGAGGGCCAGAGGCUGCCGGCGCCCUCCGCCUGUCCCCGUGAGGUUCAUGAACUUAUGAAGCUGUGCUGGGCCUUGAGCCCACAGGACCGGCCGACCUUCAGUGUCCUGGGUCCCCAGCUGGACGUGCUGUGGAGUGGAAACCGGGGGUAGCAGCCGAGGGCGUCAGACCUACGCCUUCUCUGCUGGCUCAUCCCAAGGGCAAACCUGUUCCCCGUCCUCUUUAUAUCUCCAGAACUCAGAUCUCCGUGUGACCUCAGGCAGAGGACUGCCCCUCUCUGGUCCCCUGAGGCCUUGGGAGGGUCCCCUGCUUCAUGAAGAUCCCUCCUGGGGCAGAUGACAUUGGUCAGCAGCCUGGUGGCCCCAGGAACUUGUAAAGAUGCACGGCAGAUGGCUCCUGAGCCCUGCCCGCAGAUGCAAGGGACAAAAUUCAAGCCCCUCCUGGCUUCCCAUCCCUUCUUGGUGUGGCCCUGAGUUUCCUUUCUUCUUCCCAAAGUGGAUACGAUGUAACUUUAAGUAUA